UAGGAAAAUAGAAGCACUGUCAACAGGAAAUCGUGGAGACAUUGUAACGCAUGAAGAAGUUACUAAUUUGCAAAAGCUGAGGUUCUUUGAAACGAAUGGGGCGUUCCUUGUCGGAGACUUCAAUAACCUUCUCCCCAGUUUAACAUGGCUUUCUUGGCGGUUUUGCCCUUUCGAGUUUGUGGCAACAAACUUUCGUCCGACUAAUUUAGUCAUUCUAAACCUUUCAUGUAGCGGUAUUUCUGAGGAAUGGCUUGGCUGGAACCAAAUCAAAGUAUGCUACGAGUAUCACUACUUGCAUAUGUUGUAUCAUUUCUUCUGCUUUUUUUCUGGAUAGAUUGUUUGUUAAUGUAUAUAAAUUAUCAAAUUGUUUGGCAGGUGGCGAGCAAGCUCAAAAUACUAGAUCUCAAGAAUCGCAAAUACUUAAGGAAAACACCUAAUUUUUCUGCGUGGGAGUCCUUGGAGAGAUUGAUUCUUGAAGGCUGUCACAACUUAAAUGAAAUCGACCCAUCCAUUGGUAAAUUAAAGCUCCUCACUACUUUGAACUUGAAUGGAUGUGAGUCUCUUCGAGAGUUGCCCGAAGAACUUGGAUAUCUAGAAGCUUUGAUAGAAAUUCUCAUGCCUUGUUCGCCACGUAUGUUUAAACUUCCAGAGACAUUUGGUAAUUUGAAGUCAUUGUUGACCUUCGAUGUAUCUCAUAGGCAAAUUAGCAAGUUGCCAUACUCAAUUGGAGGGCUGGUGAAACUUCGGCGGUUGAAUAUAUCUAAGUGUAGGAUGAUGAAGGAACUUCCGGACACAGUUGGGAACUUACAAUCAUUGGUCGAGUUGGAUUUGUCAUUUACAUGUUUGGGUCACCUACCCGAUUCAAUUGGCAAUCUAAAGCAACUGAAAGUACUUAGAAUGAGCCACAUAAGUAGCAUAACAAAAUUACCCAGUAUGAUUGGGCUGGUGGAGAAGCUUGAAGAGUUAUACGCUAAUUAUUGCUGGAACUUGACCGGCAAAAUCCCCGAAGAAAUUGGACUUCUAUCCCGUUUGAGGAUCCUAGACUUGUCAUACACAUGUAUAUCUGGAUUACCCUCCACGGUGAGUCGCCUCUCUAGUCUCCAAAUACUUAACCUAGAAGCAUGUCCUGAGCUUAAACAAUUGCCGGAGCUUCCCCCAAGUUUGACUUGUGUAAGAUGGACCACUGAUACUGUCAAGUUCUUCGAAGGCGUGCAAUUUGUGCUGGGGAGUGUCACUGCUCUUCACACUACCAUCAUUCUCCUUUCUCUGCUGGAAAAACUAUCAUCGUCCCCCAAAACCACGUAUUUCCUCCCCUGGCUCCCUUCUAGUUUAAGAGAGUUAGAACUUGGAAAUCUAUCGAUUGGACAAUCAUUCGAUUUUUCCAGAAUGGAGAACUUGUUGAUGUUGCGAGUAGACAGUUGUUGGAUGCCGGGUAGAUUUCGUGCCAAUAGGCUGAAGCCCCAAAAAAGAAUGCUGGAUGCCCCGUUUCAGUUGAGAAUGGAAAGUUUGAGACAUUUAGAGAUGCGUAGGUGUGCGUUGACCUCAAAAGUACUUGAUCUGUCGUCCAUGAAGAAUCUGCAAGAGGUACAUUUGCUUGGAUGCAAGUGGUUGGUCGAGAUUCGCGGCCUUGAAGAUUUGGGAUCCCUUUGCUCCCUAUCUGUCGUGGAAUGCAACUCCUUGGGAAGGUUGUCAGACUUAUGGAAAUUGAGAAAGCUAAGGAAGCUCAGGGUUGGAGAAUGUCCAAAGCUAAGAAGCUUGGAAGAUAUAAACCACUUGAAAUCUUUGCGGAAGCUAUGGAUUCACGAUUGCAGGUCGUUGGAGAGUUUGGCCAACACCUCAAAUCUGGAUUUAGAAUGUUCCACAGUCGAACGUUGCGAGCGGUUGGCCGACCGGGACCGGAACAGUUAUUGCAGAUGUCACAAUAACAGAGAUUCAGCGCUUGCCGAACGCGACCACACUGGGUAUUUUUGAGCCAGUGAUGCUGAACCCGGCCUGAUGAAGUCUGGCAAAAAGUUUUCCCAUGAUCAGUAGUGGUAUCAAGUGCGACCCAUGGAGAUU